GGGCACGGGGAGAACUGGGGGGGACUGGGAGGAACUGGAGGCACCGGGAGCCGGGGUGGUGUCCAGGAAAGGGCGCUGGGGACCCGGUGGGGGGGCCGCGCCCGCAGGAUGCUCCUGCGCUCCUGGAAGUCGCUGUUCACGGGGCGGCUGCUGCUGCUGACCAACACCCUGAGCUGCGGGGGGCUGCUGGCGGCCCGGGCCCUGAGCUGCGGGGGGCUGCUGGCGGCCGGGGACCUCCUGCAGCAGGAAUGGCACCGCCGCAAGCACCCCGAGAGCCAGCGGCAACUGGGGCGCACUGGCAGGAUGUUUGCGGUGGGCUGCAGCCUGGGGCCGCUGAUGCAUUACUGGUACCUGUGGCUGGACUCCGCCUUCCCCGCCCGGGGCGUGCGGCGCCUCCGGACGGUGCUGAAGAAGGUCCUGAUUGACCAGCUGGUGGCAUCGCCCGGCAUGGGGGCCUGGUUCUUCCUGGGCAGCGGCACCUUGGAGGGCCAAUCUCUCCAGGAGAGCUGGGACGAGCUGAAGGAGAAAUUUUGGGAAUUCUACAAGGCUGACUGGUGCGUGUGGCCGGCGGCGCAGAUCCUGAAUUUCCUCUUCGUGCCGCCCACGUACCGCGUGGUUUAUGUCAACGUGGUGACCCUGGGCUGGGACACCUACCUGUCCUACCUCAAACACAGGGAUCCACCUCGGCAGAGCCAGCGCAGCGCCAGGGCGUAGAGAGGGCACGAGGCCGUUCCAGAGGCUCCUGCCUGCACCACAUGGAUUUCUGGGCAUUGUGGAUCACCCCAGCUGAGGGAAUGGAUGGCCAGAGCCAGCCCCCCACCUGCCUGCUGCUGAUUAAUUCAUCUGCUAAUUACAGUCAUGGGUUGGGGUUGUAACAA